AUGGGGCAAGGAUUCUCUCUCACCACAAUCUCGCCUGGGACCGCAGGUAUUGAUGUUCCAGAGCUCAGAGAUUUGGUAUAUGAGAAAUCCAUGGGAACAGCACAAUUUAUGAAAAGUAUACGUGCGCGCCAUCGAGAUGGAGUAGUACUAGUGAAAGUAAUUGUUAAGCCCUGGAUAAUGACACUGGAACCCUACAAACGCAAAAUCAUAGAAGAGAGAAAAUUGUUGGCCGAUGUUCCAAACGCUCUUGCAUACCAACGAAUUGUUGAAACCGAUACCAACGGAUUUCUAGUACGUCAAUACUUGUACAGCUCACUAUAUGAUCGGCUCAGCACCCGUCCCUUCUUAGAAGAUAUUGAAAAGAAAUGGCUGGCAUUUCAGUUACUUUGUGGUGUCCGGGACUGUCACGCUCGGAAUGUAUUUCAUGGCGACAUUAAAACAGAAAAUGUGUUAGUCACAUCAUGGAACUGGCUUUUUCUAUCAGACUUCUCUUCAUCUUUUAAGCCGUCAGCUCUACCAGAAGACAACCCUGCAGAUUUCUCGUACUUCUUUGACACUGCUGGACGACGAACGUGCUAUCUAGCUCCAGAAAGGUUUCGAGCAGCCGGAGACCCUCUAGACAGAGAAUCGCCAAUCACAUGGGCUAUGGAUAUUUUUAGUGCCGGGUGUGUCAUUGCAGAGCUAUUUCUAGAAGCGCCAAUAUUUAACCUGAGCCAACUAUACAAAUACAAGAGAGGUGACUAUGAGCCCAUCACCUCCCAUUUAAAUCGUAUAUCAGACACCAACGUUCGGCAAAUGAUUGCUUCCAUGAUUCAUCUAGAUCCUUCAUCUAGACAUACAGCAGAAAAACACCUUCAAUUAUGGAAAAAUAAGGUAUUUCCUGAAUACUUCUACAGCUUUUUGCAACAAUAUAUGAGCCUCAUCACCGAUCCAUCUCCAGGUCGUAGAUCUACAUUUGGACCUUCAGCCAAUCUUGGAGAGUGUGACGAAAGAAUAGAACGUAUCUUUUAUGAUUUUGAUAAGAUUUCAUUCUUCCUGGGCUAUGAAAAACAAAAACAAAAGAUAAAUAUAGUUUCUCAAACAACGUCAGGUCUAGAAUUAUUUCCAGUACAUCUGAAUAUUCCGAACAACGAGCACCCCGUUUCUACCAUCCAAAAGCAAAUGACUGAAGAUGGAACUUUAAUAUUUUUAUCUCUUGUUGUGUCUUCAAUUCGCAAUACUGCUCGAGCGACAGCUAAGACUAAAGCAUGCGAUCUUCUUCUCGCGUUUUCAGAGCGGCUGACUGACGAGGCAAAGCUUGACCGUGUCCUCCCAUAUUUGGUAGCUCUGUUAAAUGACAAAGCUGCAGUUGUUAGAGCAGCAGCAAUACGAUCAUUGACCCAGCUGAUGGCCUUAGUUAAGGUUAUAUCUCCCGUAAACGCGCAUGUUUUCCCAGAAUACAUUUUACCUCGUAUGCAGGUAUUUCUUCCUGGUACAACCUCUGAGCCAACUUCAUUUGUCAGGGCAACCUAUGCAGCCUGUCUAGGUAGUUUAUCGCACUCUGCGUCUCGAUUUCUAGACAUGGUAGCAGCUCUACGCGCAGAUGGUUCAUUGCCUACUGUAGAUUUAGAGGUUGACGAUGAUAAUAACAAUGCAUCUGAAUUUCAAGGUAUCUUUGACAACGCAAAAGUUGAGCUUAUAGAAAUUUUCGCUUAUCACACCAAGACUUUAAUGACAGAUAACGAUUCUUCCGUUAAAAGAGCGUUCCUUAAAUCUGUUCCUGAGCUCUGUUUAUUUUUUGGGGCAGCAGACUCGAAUGAUAUUAUCCUAAGUCACCUAAAUACAUACUUGAAUGAUCGAGAUUGGAUGCUUAAAUGUGCAUUUUUUGAGACAAUUGUUGGUGUUGCAAUAUUCUUGGGUGGUAGUAGUCUUGAAGAAUUUAUAUUACCUCUGGUUACCCAAGCUUUAACUGAUCCUGAGGAGUUUGUUGUAAAGAGCGCGCUUCAUUCAUUGGCCAAUAUGGCAGAGCUCGGUCUCUUCCAGCGCUCAAAACUUUGGAAGCUCGUAAAUAUGAUCACUCGAUUUUCCAUGCAUCCAAAUAUAUGGAUUCGAGAGGCUGCAGCAAUGUUUUUGUCCUCAUCAGCUCAACAUCUGUCUAUUGCAGAUAAGCAAUGUAUCUUUUUACCCUUAAUAAGGCCGUAUCUAAAGACAUGGACCCGAGAUUUUACAGAAUUAGGCCUUCUGGACAACUUAAAAAGGCCUCUUUCUCGCUCACUCCUAGACCUUUCGAUCGUAUGGGCAACAAAAUCUGAGAAGGGCAAAUUUUGGAGCCAGAUGCAUCAAAUGCGUACAUUCUAUUUUGAUCCCAACUUGUUUUUUAUUCCUGCAUUAUCCGAGAAAGACUCAACAGAUCAUGCAUUACAGAAAGAGCCCAAAAAUAAAGAAGACGAGCUAUGGAUUUCAAAGCUUCGGAAUAUGGGCCUCUUGGCAGAAGAUGAAUUCAAAUUACUCUGUUUACGAGAAUAUAUCUGGCGUUGCGCUCUAGCAAAACCGAUAGGAGAAUCAAAUAAACCACUCGAUUUUAAUAACAUAUUCAAGCUUCACACUAUCAAUGUCACACCUCAUACGGUUAUGUUCGAUGACGAGCACCACAAAAACGUUGAGCGACAGACACAAAUUACAGAUAGCAUUCAAGAAAACGAUGUCGUUUUGAAUAAGAUUGUUGAUACUCUCCAAGAUAUUUCGGCUCCAACUAAUGAAGUAGUUUCUAACCAAACAUCGGACUUAAAUGGCAAAAAAUAUCGUUGCACUGAACAAAUAGAGAGGACUUCGAGGAAUUCGAGUCCAAUUAUUCGCGAACCGACCUCUUCCCCUGCUAUAUUAUUACCUUCGACAAACGAAAACAUGGAUUCUCAGAGGACAUCUGAUCUUAAUGAAAGCCCCAGCGACAAUGAAACAGGCAUGUUAGGUGGUACAAAGUCAAAAGACAAGCUAACUAAUACCAUUAACCGCGUGAAGAGGCAGCCUAGUGCUAUUAACUUGAUGAGAAGCAAAGACCCUGCAAAAACUUUGGCUGAAACCUGUACAACAUCAACGAAUGUCUUUGGCAAGACAGAUAGUUCAUUCUAUCCAAGCAACCUUGAAUCAUCAAUGUUAGUACCUACAAAGGAAAAUGAUAGAAAAUUGCAAUACCAAGCCCGCUUCAGAGGCGCAUAUAAUUAUACUGGUAAUGAUCCGAAUAUAUUGAAAAUGUUGGAUUCAAUGUAUGUCGAAAAUUAUCGAAAUAAUGCCGCUGAAUUUGGACCGACUAUUGCACCUUCUAGCCGAAGAAGGACACUUAAUAAGAUUUCUACGCUUGAUGCAAAAAAGCCCUGGAAGCCCCAAGGAAUGAUGGUAACGACUUUUUCCGAACAUUCUGGUGCCGUCAAUCAUAUUUCAGUUGCAUCAGAUCACGUUUUUUUCUUAACUGGCGGUGACGACGGAUGUGUAAAAGUGUGGGACACUGGGAGACUCGAGAGAAAUAUAACUCAUCGCUCGCGUCAAACCCACACACAGGGUAUUGGUGCAAAAAUAACUGCAUUAUGCUUUAUCGAGAAUACACAUUCUUUUGCUAGUUGUGCUAGUGAUGGAAGCAUAAAUAUUACUAGAGUUGAUUGUGCUAAUAUUAAUGGAACUAUGAAGUAUAGCAAACUUAAAUUACUUCGAGAGUACCAGCUUCCUAAAGGAGAGAUGGGAGUAUGGUCUUUUCACUUCAUGCUCGAGACCAGCUCGGUACUGAUGAUCGCUACUAACAAAUCUCGUAUUCUUGCAAUCGAUCCACAUCGGAUGAAUGUUAAAUAUGUACUAGAAAACCCAGUUCAUCACGGUACACCAAUGUGCUUUGUUGUUGAUAAAAAGCGUCAGUGGUUGUUGCUCGGUACAUCUCAUGGAAUUCUCGAUCUUUGGGACCUAAGAUUCCGGGUACGCCUUAAGGCAUGGGGUAUCCCAGGCGCAACUGCCAUUUUUCGAAUGACCUUGCAUCCGACACGAGGUAGAGGUAGAUGGGUUUGCGUCGCCGGAGGUAGCAGUCAGGGUGAAGUUACUGUUUGGGAUGUCGAAAAAACUCAAUGUCGUGAAGUUUAUCGAGCAGGCGGUAGCCGAGAGGGGCUUAGGGGCUAUCACCCGUGGCCAGUUGAUGAAGACCAACCUGAAAGUAUGCUCAGUAGAUUUGCCACUGCAAUAGAGCCGAAUAGCUCCAGUACUCCUGACCGGGGUAUGCGAGCUAUGAUUGCGGGACCCGAUAGUCAUGAUGAUAACGGUGAAGCUAAGGUCGGAUUCUUGAUAACUGGAGGUGCAGAUCGAAAGAUAAGAUUCUGGGACGUGCAACGAAUUGACCAAUCUUCCGUAGUGAGCGGCCUUAGUGUGGAUGAAGCAAAGCCUAGCUUCACCGCAGCUCACCCAACAGCAUCUCUAAUCUUAAAUACCGAACGAAUACCCCACCCAAUGGCACCGUCGGCGCCGAAUGCAAGCCCGCGUGCGCCUAGCUCAACCAGAUCUCCUGUAAUUGGGAGACCCUCUAGAUCAACGGUGAUCUCUCUACAACAGCAACAGCUAUUGAGGUCACACCUAGAUUCGAUUCUUGAUAUCGCAUUACUCGAGUCACCGUACAGUAUGAUUGUAUCAGUUGAUAGAUCUGGAGUAUGCUUUGUCUUUCACUGA